GGAAGAGGAGAUCGACGAAAGCGUAAGCCCCUCUCUAAUCGAACCCAUGCUGAGACAUUAGAAACUCAUAUAAAUCAUAUAUUAUAACAGGGCUACAAGUCGGUGAAAGAUGCCGUGCUCUUUGCAAUCGAAGUCAGCGAUUCUAUGCUCACCCCUCGUCCAUCCCCCGAUUCGAAGAAGUCCGCAGAGUCGCCCACAACGGCCGCAUUGAAAUGUGCAUAUCACCUCAUGCAGCAGCGUAUCAUCUCUAACCCCCACGACAUGAUCGGUGUGCUAUUAUAUGGGACGCAGGCGUCCAAAUUCUACGAUGAGGGCGAGAACAGUCGAGGAGACCUUUCAUACCCGCACUGUUACCUUUUCACAGACCUGGAUAUUCCUUCCGCGCAAGAUGUAAAGAAUCUUCGAGCACUGGCACAGAAUGAUGAAGAGUCUGAGGACAUACUCCAGGCCUCAGAAGAAAGGGUCUCAAUGGCAAAUGUGCUUUUUUGCGCAAACCAAAUAUUCACGUCGAGAGCCCCUAACUUCUUGUCCCGACGGUUAUUCAUAGUCACCGACAAUGAUGACCCUCAUGGAGAUAAUAAAAGUUUGCGAUCUGCUUCAACUGUACGUGCCAAGGACUUGUACGACCUUGGGGUCACUAUUGAGCUAUUCCCUAUUUCGCGGCCAGACCAUGAGUUUGAUGCCGCUAAAUUCUAUGACGACAUUAUCUAUAAGGCCUCUCCUUCAGAUCCAGAUGCCCCGGCGUACUUGCAGACUGAUUCCAAGACCUCUCCAGCUGCCGGUGAUGGAAUAUCUCUACUAACCACCCUAUUGUCCAGUAUCCAUUCAAGAUCUGUCCCACGACGUGCACAUUUCUCGAAUAUGCCACUAGAGCUAGGGCCAAACUUCAAAAUAUCAAUAUCGGGGUAUCUUUUAUUCAAACGACAAGAACCCGCCAGAAAUUCCUUCAUCUGGCUUGGUGGUGAAAAUCCCCAGAUUGUGAAAGGAGUGACUACCCAAAUCGCUGAUGAUACGGCCCGCACGGUUGAGAAGGGAGAAAUCAAGAAAGCAUACAAGUUUGGCGGUGAUCAAGUUACUUUCACACCUGAAGAAAUAAAGGCGCUGAGGAAUUUCGGUGAUCCUGUGAUCCGUAUUAUUGGGUUCAAACCACUUUCGUCUCUUCCAUUCUGGGCCAAUGUCAAGCACCCCUUCUUCAUAUACCCCUCGGAAGAAGAUUUCGUGGGCUCGACGCGAGUGUUCUCUGCUUUGCAACAAACGCUUCUCCGAGAUAAGAAGGCCGCACUUGUAUGGGUUAUUGCGCGCAAAAAUGCAGGUCCAGUUCUGGGGGCCAUGAUCGCCGGAGAAGAGAAAGUAGACGAGACCGGCAUCCAAAAGUUUCCACCGGGAAUGUGGAUUAUACCUCUACCAUUCGCCGAUGACGUUCGUCAGAACCCGGAAACUGCACUCCAUGUCGCACCUGAACCAUUGAUCGACCAAAUGCGGCUUAUUGUCCAGCAAUUGCAGCUCCCAAAAGCAUCUUAUGAUCCCCUCAAGUACCCUAACCCAUCUCUUCAAUGGCACUAUCGAAUUCUUCAAGCCCUGGCGUUGGAUGAAGACCUCCCGGAGAAGCCAGAAGACAAGACCGUACCCAGAUAUCGCCAAAUUGAUAAGCGUACUCGUGGCUAUGUAGGAUCUUGGGCAGAAGAAUUGGAAAAACAAUACGCGAAGAUAUCGGUCCAUGAUUCGAAGAGCACGCUCGUGAAACGAAGCGCCAAAGACCGAGCCUCCGAAGCCGAAGACGCAGCCCAGAAACCAUCCAAGAAGGUGAAGGUGGAAACCAACGAGCAAGGCGUUGAAGAUGUAGUGCGGGCCCACUACCAGAAGGGGUCUCUAGCGAAGCUCACAGUACCUGUUCUCAAGGAUUUCCUCUCAUCCCACGGACGCUCUGCUGCUGGGAAAAAAGCUGAUCUCGUUGAACGUGUGGAGGAGUUUAUGGAACGGAAGUGAGACGGUGUGAUGUAUGAAUCACCCGACAUAUCUUCAGUAGAUAAGGUUGCUCCAUGCUAUUUAAUAACAAUAUUAUACUGGAAUACCGUGACGAGUACAGUAAUAGACCGUAUGUAUAGAAGCCCUAGGGCCACGUGGAAGAAUGCGC